ACAGAUAAGUGACAAACAUUUCUACACAGCAAAGGCAACAGUGGCUCCAGUAAUCUCUUAGUUUUACCAAUGAUGGACGCUGGCAUGGACUUGCUCCACAGCUCUGGAGUGAACAUGGUGCAGUACCUCCAGACCCACUACAGAGACUCCCAGAGCUGGUUCCUGUUCAUCUCUUUUGCUGCAGACCUCAGGAACACCUUUUUCAUCUUCUUCCCCAUCUGGUUCCACUUGAGGGAGUCGGUGGGAGUCAAACUCAUCUGGGUGGCCGUCAUCGGGGACUGGCUCAACCUCGUCUUCAAGUGGAUUCUCUUUGGGCAGAGGCCCUACUGGUGGGUUCAUGAGACCCCCUACUACAGCAACUCUUCAGUGCCUCACAUUGAGCAGUUCCCAGUCACCUGUGAAACCGGACCAGGCAGCCCCUCAGGCCAUGCCAUGGGUUCAGCUGGGGUAUAUUAUGUAAUGGUCACAUCUAUUCUCACCAUACUGCUACAGAAACAUCAACCCUCUGUGAAAAACUGGUGUGUGCGUGCUGUGCUGUGGUCAGGGUUCUGGGGUGUCCAGCUCUGUGUCUGUCUGUCCAGGAUCUUUCUGGCUGCCCACUUCCCACACCAGGUCAUCACAGGGGUCAUCAAAGGUAUGAUCGUAGCCGAAGCUUUCAGCCACAUCCAGUGGAUCUAUGGUGCCAGUCUGAAGAAGUACCUGCACACCACCCUGUUCCUGUUCUGCUUCACUGUGGGUUUCUACCUGCUCCUCAAAGUCCUGGGAGUGGACCUGCUCUGGACGCUGGAAAAAGCCAAGAGGUGGUGCGUCCGAGCCGAGUGGGUCCACAUGGACACCACCCCCUUCGCCAGCCUGCUCCGCAACCUGGGGACCCUCUUCGGACUGGGGCUCGCCCUCAACUCACCGCUCUACAUGGAGAGCUGCCGAGGGAAACAGGGUCACAACACCCCCUUCAGGCUGGGCUGUAUUGCUGCAUCGCUGGUGGUGCUCCAUCUCAUCGACUCCUUCAAACCCCCGACCAAUAUAGAAGCCUUGUUUUACCUGCUGUCUUUCUGUAAGAGUGCAGCUGUGCCGCUGGCCACUGUGGGCAUCAUUCCUUACUGCAUCUCCAGCAUGCUGAGCCGGCAUGACAGGAAGCUUUUAUAAACUGCAAGAAUAUUAAGAACCUCUUUUUGGCCACAUAUAAAAGGCCUUCAAACUACAGUCUUAUAUUUAUCUUAGUUUUAUGGUUUUUUUUUUAUAUAUUUAUCUUAGUUUUAUGUGUUAUUUGUGGAUUACCAAAAUGGAAGGCAGAAAAACAAUAGCAGAGUGGAGAAAAAGACUUCUAUUUUAUUGUAAACUUUUAUAGGAAAUUAAAUACACUUCUGGCACAGGCUAAAUGAAGACAGUUUACAAGAUAACUUGGUUAUCUAUAAAUUUGGAGACAAUAGGUCUCCUGAGCAAGUCAUAACCUCCUUGUCCUCUGUCCUUCGGAGACUAAAAACCUGAGUUCCUAUUGUAAGUAACUCUGCAGCAACAGUUGUGAUGCACAGUUCACCCAUAUAGUCACUGUAAGAUGCUUUGGAUAAAAGUGUGUGCUAAAUGACUAAUUAAUAAUGAUAUAAUUCAGUUAUAUGCUGAAUGAAUGAGCUGGUUUUUAACCAAUUUGAUUACAUUUAUUGUGAAACAGAUGUUGUUUUAUGUUGUCACUAUUAAGUUGUUGGAUUGAAAGUUUGUUUUUUAUAAUAAAAAAUAUUUUUGACAAGAAUACUCUGGGCUUAUUUGCUUGCAGGUACUAUUCUGAAUUAGAACAUCCAAUAAACGAUUUAUUUUAAUUGUA